GCUUCUGAUCUGGGGAGGUUCAGGGUUCGCUAAUAACCAAUUUUCAAUUUUCACCGAGCGCCAUUUACCAUAACACCAUUUUACCUAGUUCUCCUCAACUAUAAAGAAGUGAGCUCUACAAUACAUAUCCACGAGUUUAUAUCACCCAUGGUUUCCAUGUGGUGUCUCAGAGUGAAGUCAAUCCGUCGUCGUCCGAUGACUCUCCUCGGGGCAGCUGCUGCUACCAGUUUCUUCGUUGGCGUUGCUCUAUUCAAAUCAUGGACUCCAGCUCAUGUGCAGUGUGUAGCCUCUUGUGCUUCAGUGGGUGUGUAUCAGAUACUGCAAAAGAACGAAGCUUCCAAGAAAUUGAAAAACCACCGAGUGAAAAGAUUUGACGUAAACUUUCUUGGUUCCAACUCACCAAUUGAAGAUCGAUUUGUGGUCGGUGCUAGUAAUAACCUAGGAGCUACUCUCUUCUCAGUAAUUGACGGUCACAAAGGAACCCAUUGCUCACACUACCUCCAACACCACAUGUUACAACACGUAUCUACGGCUCUACACAAAACAGGAGAUGUUAAAGAUAAAGACGACUUGAGAAUUAUACUGAAUAUGAACAGUACACCUUUUGUCGUUAACUCACAAGCUGAAGUCGAGCUCCAACCCAAAGACGGUUUCGAUGGAAAUCUAAUUAAAGGAUGUUUACAGAAAUCUUUAAGUUUAUUGGAUGAUUCGUUUUGCAAUGCAGCUCUUGAAGACAUUAAACUCAUCCAAAAAGGACACUCCCUAUCUCCUGACAUGAAACAGCGUGUAAUGACGGCCAUUGAGGGGGCGUGUGCUAUCACAGCUGUCGUGAGAAAAGACGACAUUUUCGUCGCUAAUACGGGAGAUUGUAGAGUAGUGAUUGGGCGAGAAACGGCCGGUAAAACUUGGACAGCUGUUCCACUUUCAGACGACCAAAAUGCUCAGAACAAAGCUGAAGUGAAGCGGCUCCAAGACGCACAUCCGGGGGAGACGGUGAUAAUUGAGAAUCGUGUUCUGGGCAGUUUAAUGCCUUUCAGAACAUUUGGCGAUGCUGACUUCAAGUGGGAGAAAAAAUACUUGCAAGGUUUGAUGACCACCUGGAUAAACUACGAGACGCCACCGUACGUAACAGCUGAGCCUGUGGUCACCCACUGUAAAAUCGAAGAGAGUGAUCGUUUCCUGAUAAUUGGAUCGGAUGGUUUGUGGGAAAGAGUGUCUAACGAAGAAGCUGUAAACGUUGUUGCAAGGACUCAGGGGGAAAAGAAGUUUUCAAAGAAACGGUCGUUUUUUGGUUCGAUAUUUGGAGAGUCAAGGGACGAUGAGUGUUGCCGUGACAAUGCCGCUACUCAGCUAUUGUGGCAUGUGUUAGGAGGUAGUGAUACUGAAGUGUCUCAGCUACUCAAUGUAGACCCGAGGGUUAGCCGAAUGUAUCGUGAUGACAUCACUAUUAUUGUUGUGUACUUCUAAAAUUUAAUCAUUUCUAUCAUUUUGUGUAUUAUCAAUACAUCAAACUCUGAUUCAAAUUAUUGACAUGUUA